UGAGAGGAAAGAGAAUAAAUAUUUAAAAGAAAAUAACAGUUAUUACAGCAAUGAAAAUGUUGCUCCGGGCCUCACACGUCAAUGUUAUUGUAUUUGUCUUGUUUGGUCUGACCCGAGGCGCAUAUCUUAUCGACUUUUCUCAUGUUUUGCACCGAAAUUUGGCAAAUGUUAAACGCGAGGUAGACCCGGAGCGGUGUCAUCCAACUCAGCCAUUUCGUUGUCCGGGAGAUAAAUUAAAAUGUAUUUCAAUUCAAUAUCUUUGUGACGGCGCUCCCGAUUGUCCCGACGGUUACGAUGAAGACUCAUCUCUAUGUACUGCAGCAAAGAGACCUCCGGUUGAAGAGACGGCUCAAUUUCUGCAGACACUGUUAGCAAAUCAUGGACCCAAUUAUCUCGAAAAAUUGUUUGGCAAUAAAGCAAGGGAUGCAUUGGCACCACUCGGCGGAUCUCAUAGAGUGGCCGUUGCUCUUUCAGAAAGUGAGACAAUAGAAGAUUUUGGUAAAGCUCUUCAUCUGAUGCGAAGUGAUUUGGAACACUUGAGGAAUGUCUUUAUGGCCGUAGAGUCCGGUGAUGUCAGUCUAUUGAAGUCUUUGGGAAUCCGAGACAACGAGUUAGCAGAUCUUAAGCUAUUUCUCGAUAAAUUAGUCACCACUGGAUUUAUGGAUUAAACCCAUGGAUUACAUGAACCCAUAACAACACAAUAGAUUAGUCACCGAUUGAUAUCCCAAUUCUUUAUCAUCCCUUAACCACAUUAACACACAAUUCAUUAUAAAUUAGUUUAUAAUUUAAUUAGAAAUUAAAUAAAAAAACUGUUUUAUUAUACGAUAGCAACAUUUCAGCGUUUUCUGUA